UCAGAUGGAAAAGCAGCACCUCAAUCGUACAGCUUACUAAUGAAAGUCAGCGUAAAUAGUGAUGUUUGUCCCAUUUUCAAAUGACCCACGGUAAAAAAUGGCUUUGGUUGAAACAUUAUUUUAAAAUCUAUAGAAAAGAAAGUCAAAACAAUUUUCGAUCUCAAGUAGUUUGAGGCCUGGGACUGAAGGGUUUACCUGUAUAAAAUAAUUUAUUGCCUAUAACUUCGGCAUAGAUGAAGGCCCUGAAUCAAAAUUUGGCACACAAAAUUAAAUAUUAUUAAAUAUUUCUAACUCUUCAUGUUUGCAAUGACCGUCCAUUGCAUUUCAUGAAAAAAUUUUGAGGAAAACAUCAUUUAAAAUGCACAAAUCUAAUCUUGAAUUAUUUCAAACUUUAGUUUUAAACUUCGCGUACAUUCAUUCCUAACGUAGAAAGUUAUAGGUAUGUUUAUCCUCUUUCAGAAAUGCCAAUUUGUUUGUCCAAAUAAAGUAAAUUCGCCAUCAAUUCACCAAUUUCCUUCAUUUUCAAUUUUUGGUCACGCGGUGACAUGUCACGUGUCCAUGAUUAGACGUUAAGGCACAAGAAAACCUCAAGAUUUACUUUUGGGGAAAAUUCAUUUUGUUCUAGGCCUCCUUGCGAGAGAUUUUGUAAAUCAUUCAUAUUCUCCGAACACACCUUUGACCCAGGCCUUAAACCCCUUGAGAUGUCAGUUUCUUUUUCUGGCCUUGCAGUGACGUGUCAACUGUUUCCAAUAUGACUUGUCGUCGUAAUGUCUACGCGUUUAUUUCAAAAAUUUGAAACCCUUCAAAUAAACAAAAGGAGACUAUUGGCUAGGAUGGAGAAGUUAAUCUUAAAUUGUCUAAAUAUUGAACGUACGAUAACAGAUAUAGGUUUGUUACUAAAAGAGCGAUUUAAAUAAAUCUAUAAUAAUGGUAAAAUGAAAUCACUUAUUGCCAAAUGUCUUUACGUAACUGGCUAGUUUCAUUAAACUCAGGCUAAAACAGACCUCCAUUCUCUCUUGACCUCCCUUAAUAAUUCUGCGUUCUGUUCGGUGCCAGAUUAAAGCUUAUACCUCAAAUAAUUAUUAUAUUAGCUAAGCUAUGCACUGCAAUGUUUGCCUAAACCGAUAAAGAAUAAUAUUGAACAAACUCCUCCGCGUUAAAAUGCCUAAAAAUAAUACGGUCACUUAUAAAUCAAGAUGAAAUAAUUUACAUUGAUUACCCCGAAAAAGUUUUUUUUUUUUUUUAACCUUUUUUUUUUCUGUUUGUUUACUACUAUUUUCCUUCAGUGCUUUUUUUUGCGUUUUCUAGGUGCCAAGGAAUUAAGGACUUUGCGUUAAAAUGUUUAAAAAUAAUACGGUUACUUAUAAAUGAAUAUGAAAUAUUUUACUUUUAUUACCCCAAAAAAGUUUUUUUUUUUUUUUCACCUCUUUUUUCUCUGUAUGUUUACACGUAUAUGCCGUCAGUGCUUACUUUUGCGUGUUCUAGGUGCCAAGGAAUUAAGGCGGCUCAAAACUCCUCUAGCAUGAUUUGAGGAAAAUUUUUCCCCUGUGGAGCAUUAUUCUUGUUUUUUGUUGGUUGUUGCUACGGCAAUUAAAUAAAACGAAAGCACGGCGAGUUAAACAAACAUAUUUUAUUCGCAUAAUAGGUUGAACAACAACAUAGUCAGGUAAGUAUAAAGGAAAAAAAUAGAUCAAGACGUAAUUUUGGAAGGAUACUGAUAAUAAAAAGCGACUGGUCAGGAUUUGUGGGAAUUAAAUUAACGCCAAUCGAUUUCGAGAAAAAGAAGAAAGUGAAGAACAUUUGGUGCUAUAUCAUAGCACUCAUGGGAAAGACUAUAUUUAUUCGGUAUAUAUAUACAAUUGUAGUUGAAUGAUACUUUAACACCUGAAACUCUUGAGUUUAUAAAUUACUUCAAUUGAUUUCUAUUUUUGGAGCACACGAUUUCUUGAAAGGAAAAACAUAUAAAUAGUCGUAUUUGGCAAAAGGAACUAUCCUAGAUGAGCAUAAUUCUCUGAUGGUCUUCCUCCGCUGUUGGAGUAGAAGGUACUUAUCUCUUAUGAGACACCUUGUUAUUUACUUAAGUUCGUUACUUAGCUUUUUAGUAUUUAGAAAACUAACCUCAUUAUUUUAGAAUUCUAUGUAAGGAGAAAAGUUACUUAACAUUCGAUACCCUAGAUACAUUUAUUUUUUUAUCUUGCAUGUUUUGAGUUUCUUCAGUGAAUAGAUUUUUUUUUCCAAUUGAAACAUUGCAUUGGUAGUCAUGAUGUUUUUUUUUUUUUUUUCUGUUCUUUCUUCUAUGAAUAUUUCAGUUGAAAAUAAAUCAUUCAUUUAUUGCAAAAAUUCCAUAGUCAAUCUUUGUCUUUGGAUGUGUAAAAUCAUUUUUUCGACACUUUAACCUUGCUCUGUGCUAGAGUUCAGAAUAGGAUAAAAAAUAUAUAUUGAAUGUUUUCCCCAUGAAUAACUACACUGUAGUUUAUAGUUAUUAGCUCGUUAAAUAUGUAUGGCUCUUGUUGUUGUUUUUUUUUUUCCUGCACUGAUUACUUAGUCUAUUUCUUAUUCUUAGGUUCACCAGUUAUAUACAUCGAGAAACAAAAUGAAGGCCUUUGCCAUGCUUUUGAUGAUUAAAAUGGUGUUCAGUGCGCCAAUCAAUUCUGACGGUAAUCAAUAGUUUUUACUUGCUGGUAUAAUCGAUUUUUUAUGUCCCCUUAAGCGUUUAAUUGCUUUACGUUUUAUCUGCAGAGCAUGUUGAAUAUUAUAAACACCCCCUAUUUCAAUAACUGAAAAAUAAACAUUAUUUGUACGAUUUUUGUUUGCAGAAAAUCGUGACAUUAAAGAUCCAGAUUUGUUUGAGGGAGACAUGAUUCUUACACCUGAGCAGCGUGCUUAUGCCAUGAUGGGACUGGACGUUUCUGCACCUAACAAACAAGGAGGUGCGAGUAGAGGUCCACUUUGGCCUAACGGAGUUUUGAUCUACGACAUUUCGCCAGUACUUGGUGAGCCUUUUUCUUACAACACAGUACCAGCCAAUCAACGCUUACACGAAACAAAAAACUCAAUGAUUCCGUACGAAACUUCUGAUUUUCUUUAAAUAACUUUUCUUGUAGCUAAUAUUCCAACAGCAAUGGCAGCCAUAAUAGCGGGGAUGGAUGAAUGGAGCCGUAAGACGUGCAUCCGCUUUAGAAAACGAACAACUGAGACGGAUUACGCCUAUUUUAAAUAUGGCUCGGGGUAAGAAGCGGUUUCCAUGAUGUUUAAAACUAAUAUUCCCAGUCGUGUAUGAAAGGCUGUUAUAUAUUAUUAUUCAUUCAAAAAUAUUUCUCCGUUUCUGAAUGGCUUAAAUCCUACGGCAGGAACGGACUCCUGCCUAUGGAUAAUUCUUCACAACCACCUAGUGUACACAACACUUGGAAGACGUUUACGAUAUAAAAGGUGAAAGGUAAAGCAAACAUGAUCGAUAACUCGUGACAGUAAUAACUAAUAAUUUUGAGGUAGACGGAGCGCUCAUCCAUCCGUGUGCGCAAACUUAGUCAUGAUCACGCCUGUUGAGUAUGCGUCGCUCAAACACGACUUUGCUUAAGCUCCCAAAUAUUCGCUCGGCCUCCUUGAGCUCCAUAAUUUUUCAAAUCAUACUUAGCGUAAUUAAAUAAUUUCUAUUUCUUUCAAUCAAAACAUUUGUUUAUCCCUAUUGAAAUACAUUUUCCUUCCCUCCUUUCCUCUAAAGACACCACUGAUUUGUCAUGUGGAUAUGUGGGACGAUAAUCAUUUACAUAUUUUUAUAUUACGCAGCUGUUUUUCGCCGGUGGGUAAAAUAGGAUCCCGUCAGGACAUUAUUCUUGGCGACGGGUGUUGGGGCAGGGGCUAUGUCGCUCACGAAAUAGGUAAUAUAAGUUAAAACCUUGACACUCAAAGUUAUUUCGUUCGUUCGUUCGUUCGUUCGUUCGUUCGUUCGUUCGUUCGUUCGUUCAUUCAUUCAUUCAUUCGUUCAUUCGUUCGUUCGUUCAUUUAUUCGUUCGUCCGUCCGUCCGUCCGUCCGUCCGUCCAUUUAUUUAUUCAUUCAUUCAUUCAUUCAUUCAUUCAUUCAUAUACUAAAACACUGGAUAGUGUUUUUCGCCCGCUCUGAUUGGCCACUCAAUCAGUGAAUAUCCUGCUCUAUUCCCUGAUUUACCUCCAGUUCCUCCCUGCGAGCGACGCCAAACUCACGUAAGUUGCGACCAAUAUGCCUUCCCGGUUUGCUGCCGUAACGAACAAAGAAAUUUCAGAACUAAUUAAUCAAGCGAGCUGUUCCCGAAACACACAAAGAAGGUGACGAAGUUCAGUUUGGAAGUUUUAACUGGUGAAGCUUUUAUGAUCUUUUUGACUUGAAUUUAUCGAUAAAACCGGUGAAAAAGUUUUUUGUUUACAAAUGCAAAUUAAGCUUAAGUCUUGGGUCAAUUUAUUUACUUGAUUUGUUCAUAAAUGAGCUAAAACUAAAUUUAAUAAUCUUUUUACAUAAUGAUUUUAAAUUUAAAAAAGAAUUCACAACUCCUUUUGAAAAAAUUUCCCCGCAAGACGUAAACAAAUGCCUUCAAAAGUUUAAUUUGUCGGCAAGAAAAAGCGACUACCGCGGCCGUUCGGUCAUUGCGCGCCAAAAUUGUAAUCGUUGGCAACAGUAAAUGAGUUAAAAAUCAUCACAUUUGUGCUCAAUUAUCUCUGUUUUAGUCGGUGGCUAGUGGUGGUCAUUUACUUUGCCGCUUCGCGCAGUAAAUAUAUCCACCACUAGCCACCUCCACUUCGGUGAAUAAUUGUUACAUACUGUAAUUCAGUUAUUGUUGAUUUUAGGUUUUGUUAUAGUAAUAAAACCUACAAUCAGGGAUUUUUUUGCCGGUAUUUUUUCGUGAAAAUCUCUUCGCUACAUAUAGUGCGCAUUACUGCCUUGCGUUGAACAGAGUUUCACCAAAAUCGCAAACACCCAAUGCGAGAAAUUCAGCGGUUUCCAUAUUUAGAUCAUAAUUCAUGUUAAAAUGAUAAAAUGAUAAGCAAACUUUACACGAUUAUGUCUAAUAAACUAUGAGAUUUAUCCCUUUAUUUUUAAGAAUCUUUAUAACAUAUGGGCCCUUGCAAGUCAUCAAAAAGCUUUAGGGCUUUGUAAAUGGGCGCGAUUUCGAGCAAUACAAACAUUUAGAAAUUAUAGUUUUAGCUAUUUGUUGACGUUUGUCAGCGUUGAAGAGUCCUUCUCACAAAAAAAGCAUUUUCUUAAAAAAUAUCUUAGUUUUUUUUUUUCUUCAAAUUUUUUUCAGGGCCUCAGUUGAUUAACUAACUACCAGGAUUCUGAAUUUCAUGAUCAUUGAAAAACUGUGACAUUAUCUUCUCUAAGCCCAAACUUGAGUAAAUAUUGAUAAUUUUUAACGUUUUUGGCUGAGUUUGUCCUUUGGGAGUUUUCUAUUGUUUCUAGACUGUCAUGAUACAGCAUUCUCGUUCAGCACGCGUGGAAUGACCGCGCUUGCCCAAUAAGUAGAUUAAAGCCUGGUUCUAAGUUAUUUGUGUUUUUUACGAACAUUUUCAAAAACCACUGUGAAAGACACCCGUGAGGAAUGGUAGAUGAUAAAGUAAGCUAAACUUAAAAAAAAAAAUUCAGCUAAACGAGAAGGAAAGCUUUCCAUAGGAAUUUUUAGUCCUAGUUCCAUAUCCUCCAAUGACAACGCAAUCGUAAGAAAUUUCUAUUCGAAGAAAUUUUGCUCUUUAAAGCUUUCAAAGAUUUGCUGCCAACUUGAAGGGAAUUUGCAUAUGAUUUACUUUGAUUAUAGAACUGCGCUAGACCUGUAGUUAAGCAUAUCAUUCUGACUGCAUCGUAACUGAGCCAAAAAAACUAACACUAUAACUAAUCACUUUUACUCCUUCUAAGUCACAAAAGUUGAUCUAAAUCUUGCGAACGUAGAAGUUGAGGACUCGUACACUUUAUCAAAAAUUAGAAAGAAAUCGAAAUUACCUGGUCACGUCAUAGACCACGCCCUCUAUUGUUCGAAAAUUGAUACAAACGAAUCCCAUCGCUUGCUACGCGUAAAGCUCAAGUUUUACUCACUGCACGAAAAAUUGGGUUUACACAAAUUUACUCGGUGCAAAUAUGGUGCAAAAAAGUGCAAACUAGGAGUAAAUCAAAAGCAAAGAUGGUAAAUACCGCAUUUGCUUGCCAGUUUACAUGGGGUUGUAAAUUUGAGGGCAAAUGCGGUAUUUACCAUCUUUGCCUUAUGUUUAACCUAAGUUUGCACUUUUUUGCACCAAAUUUGCACUGAGUAAAUUUGAUGUAAAUCAAAUUUUUCGUGCAGUGACUGUAUCAAAACAUUGACCUAACAAUGUGUCUAAAAUAUCAGCUUGGAGCAAUUCGAAGCGUCACUAUUUGUAGCGGGACAAUUUUUGUUCAUCAACUGAUAGACAGACGUCUCAUUUUGACUGUUUUUAGGAGAAGAUUAUUAGCAGCCAAUGUUUGAACCUACAAAAGGAAAACGUUAAAAACAAUUUUUAAAAGAAAACUAGGAGAUUUCUUGAUUAAUUAUGAUAAGCCUUACGUUAUUAGCCAUGGGAUAUCUUGAAAUUGCUUUGCAGUAGACCACCCCUCUUUUAAAAUUCUGAAAAAGCCUUAAGGCCUUAACCUACUUAAUGUGUGUUUCUUUCUUCUGAACAGAAGACGGAGGACGGUAUACAAUUUAUUUUACAUUUCCCAGAUGAGUAACUACAACUUUUUAGUCUACACAGACUACGUCAAAACUAUUUAAAACAGUCCAAAAAUGCGAACUCGUUUUAGUAAAUUUAUGUUAAUAGAAUGAGGAAUAAAACGUGAAUAAGAUUUCAGUGAAAUAUGUACUGCAUUGGCUGUCCCUAAACUGGUUAAUUUUACGCCAAGAGCAUACACCAUGUCCAUGUCUGGGACACCCUUAAACUCCCCUUCCCUAUCCCCACAGUCUGUACAGACGAACCGGUGUGCGUUGGAAGGUGUACAAUGACGUCAUAACCAAACCGUCUGACACCGAUAGGUUUCUACUUUCUAUAGCAAUGGAGGCUUCGCACGCUUUACGGGGGCAGACGCUCUGCUAAAAACAUCUCUUUUUACAGGGCUUUCUUUGGGUUUUUACCACGAACAAUCUCGUCCUGACAGAGAUAUAUACGUUUCUAUUUUGUGGGAUAACAUAUUGCCAGGUAGGUACGUACUGAAUUAUUUAAAAAUGGUGGGGAUGACAACGAUGACAAAGAUGACGAAGACUGACGACGACAAUGAUGAUGAUGAUGAUGAUGAUGAUCAUGACGAUUCCUUGUUUUAAAGUAUUUAUGUCAAUGGUGAGAAAAUUGACAUCAAUCACAAACAAGACGGGUGUAUAGAAAGGCUGUUAUCAUAAUUAAAGAAAAAACAAAACAAAAAAAAAAGAAAUGGUCAAAAAUAUUCUCGUCAUCAUUGUUUGUUCUGAGGGCAUCAACAGUCGCUACUACAUCCAAAAAAGUGACAAUGAUAACUUAUGCCCAUAAUUUCCCAUUAUCGUCUUUAUGAUAAAAAGUUCCUCAUAUUAUGUUUCUAAAAUAAUUAAAUCGGCUGAGAUAUCUUGCAUUGGCAAUUUUUUCCACUUGAUUGCCCCCUGAGAAACCACGUGACAUGGCUUUUAACCCAUCAGUCUUUAAGCGCUUGCAAAGAUGGCGGGUAUCGUGAAUGAGGUCUAUUGAAUUGAUUCCUUUUAGCACGCCACAGCCUUUUGCUAAAUCAAAUGUUGAUCCUAGUUUAUUACCCCUCUGGAACAACUUGCUUAAAGUAAAUUAUGACUUAAAUUAAACGUUUCUUUUUCAGAUAAAAAAUAUGCCUUUGCAAAAUACGGCAAAUUUUAUAUCGACUCUCUUGGAUCCCCGUACGAUUACCGCAGUGUGAUGCAUUAUAAAGCAAACGCAUUCACUAAAAAUGGGCUGCCCACCAUAUUGGUUAAACAGCCAGGGGUACGUGAAGUAUAAUAUGUGAUCAUUAAAACAUUAAAAUAACAAUUGAUAUCAAUCACAACCUUAUACCUUAACAUCAAUAGCAAUCGUUUUAAGAUUUAAAAACUUAUUUUCUGAUGACAAAUUCAAAUUCAAAAAUCAUUUGUGCAGAUGAUUAUAAAAGAGGCUUAUCACGACAUUACUCUGAAAAUCGCAACCAAUCACCAGCUGCUAUAUAGAAUUAUUCCAUUGUAUUUCUUAAUUCAUGGUUCUCUUGCCUGAAAAUUGCUGGUUUUAACUGCCACGCCAUCGAAAACAAACAAACAAAACCGUUCAUUAGCUUAAGUCCAGAACCUGGGAAAUGAAAGCAGGUGAAUAUGCAAAGACCCUUGCCUAGAUUCAGGUCGAUCUAAUUUUUCCGUUUGCGAGAUACUCGAAGAAACGUUUUAGCUUUGUAUGGAGACGCCAUGUUGUUGUUCCUCUGAGAGGCACUAACAUGGAGGCCAGAAACCAGAAGAAAUAUCUGUUACCAAGUUUUGCUUUGAAAGCGUGAAUUCACCCCUCGUGAAACGCAUGCACAUUACAGCAAUACCUUUUUUAAUACAAGAUUGUUAGGAUAGCAAAAUCCCCCAAAAUACGUCACUUUUUUAACCUAAACGACAGCUCUCUCGCUUGCCACAUAAAUGCCUCGUCAUGCAAAAGUUUAGAAAUUUCGAGCGCACUCCAUCAUAAAGCGAAGAACACUUUCGAAGUGAAAAUGACGUUCGGUGAAAACCAGCAUUACAUACCUGUGACAUUCAACUUUUGGUCUAGCAUUAAUUUAAAAAAAAACCUAAACAAUAACAAUUUCUUUAGUUCCAGAACAUCAUUGGUCAGCGAGAUGGUUUAAGUGCUCUAGAUGCAGAUCAGGCAAAGAAACUCUACCGAUGCGGUAUG